AUGACGAGCGCCAACAGUUCAGGAGCAGCAGCGCAAAAUGACUCCUCCGGUUUAGCAUCGAUAACAGUUUUGUCGAGGAUUCCGGAGUUCUGGUGUGAUAAACCCAGAUUAUGGUUUGUACAAACUGAUGCAAUACUUGGACCGCAGAAGCUGAGCGAUGAAGCAAAAUACAAUUUGGUUGUUGCUAAGUUAGGCAAGGAGGUGAUUCAACAAGUAAGUGACAUUUUAUUAAAGCCGCUCGAGACUAAGAAAUUUGAAGCUCUAAAAUCACGCUUAUUGCAAGUAAAUGAAGAAUCUGAAAUUCGGCAAUUUCAAAAAUUACUCAGCGAGAUGGAAUUGGGAGAUCAAAAACCGUCUCAAUUACUUCGAAAAAUGAAGGAAUUGGCGAGAGAUAAAAUUCCAGACGAAACCCUAUCUAUUAUGUGGCAAGGACACCUUCCUGCCUCAGUGCGAGCUGUCUUAGCGACUACAGAUGUAAAGAAUGUAGAAAAUCUGGCCGCUAUCGCUGACAAGAUAAUAGAGACGUCAAGGCCACAAGAAAUUUCGGAAAUAAGGGCUAAUACUUCAAGUUCUAAUGACACAGCUUUAAUUUUAGCCGAAAUAGCUAAAUUAAAUCUGCGGAUAAAUUAUUUAGAAACACAAAAACCUACAUUUAGAAAUCGCAUACACAACUUUCGGCGCGCGCGCUCUCGGUCUACAUCGCGACGGCGUAAUAUGAGCCGGCGCACGCCCAAUAGUGCGGAUUGGCUUUGUUCGUAUCAUUAUCGCUACCGGAAUAGAGCAACGAAAUGUAUGGAGCCGUGUGCUUGGAAAAAGAUCAAUCAGGAAAACUAA